GGACGUUUGAAAUUAAACAAGCGACUACCGGCGACGUUUGGCUCUUCAUUCUAGGCUUCCUAAUAGUCUGUUUUUUAUUAUAGACCAAAAUGAAAACGGACCAGUGGUAGUGGUAGUAUCUGCAUUUAGAAACGUCUAAAAUCUGCCUGACUUUUCUCUCGUGUACGGCCUCCGUAAACAUUUUCAAACGAUAGCUGCCAGCUAGUGAGGCUAGGCUAACGUCACCUCACUUGUCAGCGACCUUUUCGGGAGUGGUUGCUCGCCAUCGCCGUGCAAUAUUGUAUUUAGAAUAUGGAGACUGAUGCUAGGCUCAGAGUACUGAGCGAGCCGAAGGCCCAGAGGCAUGACGUGAAGCUAGGAGAUGCUGGCCCUAUGCGAAUCCCUGUGUCCCACCGGUCACAGACAGCUCCGAAGGUUUUAGUACCACCAUCCCAACAACCACCACAGGUUUUGGGUGUGUCAAAUGGACCUCAGCGCAUUGUGCAGCCGAUGACCCGCCACAAGUCCGUCCCUCAAGUCUCCGUUGCCGCCAAGCACACUUCUGCUGAUGAGAAUGUCAAGCCUGCGACCACAAAUCCCGCGGCCCAGCCCAAACCUAGUUUCCAGCGCAGCCAACAGAAGAUCAAUGAGCCCAAGGUGAACCCAGCAGUGACAAAACCUGCUGUGGGAUCUGCUAAACCAGCAAUGGGACCGACCAAACCUCAGAUGCAACACAACAAACCAGCCAAGAAAGAUUCUGCUGACAAGACUUCAUCAAAGAAGCAGUGGAGCCUGGACAACUUUGAAAUUGGUCGCCCGCUAGGCAAGGGUAAAUUUGGCAACGUUUACCUGGCCAGAGAGCGAGAGACCAAGUUCAUCCUGGCCCUGAAGGUGCUCUUCAAGAAGCAGCUGGAGAAGGCGGGUGUGGAGCACCAGCUGAGGAGAGAGGUGGAGAUUCAGUCUCACCUCAGGCACCCCAACAUCCUGCGCCUGUAUGGCUACUUCCACGACGAAUGCCGUGUGUAUCUCAUCCUGGAGUAUGCACCCAAAGGCGAACUCUUCAGUGAGCUGCAGCGCUGCGGACAUUUUCCCGAAGCGCAAAGUGCAACAUACAUCAUGGAGCUGGCGGACGCCCUCAACUACUGCCACUCCAGAAAGGUGAUCCACAGGGACAUCAAACCUGAGAACCUUCUCCUGGGGGCCACCGGAGAGCUGAAGAUUGCUGACUUUGGCUGGUCUGUUCACGCGCCCUCCUCCAGGAGGUCGACUUUAUGUGGAACACUGGAUUAUUUGCCCCCGGAAAUGAUUGAAGGAAGAACUCAUGACGAGAAGGUUGACCUGUGGAGUCUCGGUGUGCUUUGCUACGAGUUCCUGGUUGGAAAACCCCCAUUUGAGACCAAAUCCCACGAGGACACUUAUCGCAGGAUAUCCAAGGUGGAGUACACAUACCCCGCCCAAGCCAACAUCAGUGCUGCAGCCAAAGAUUUCAUCUCUCGGCUGCUGAAGCACAACCCUGCACACAGAAUGCCCAUCCAUGGAGUUCUCACUCACCCUUGGGUGCGCCAAAACUCCACCAAGAAGACCACGGAUCUCAACAAAGACCAAUGAUCUUUUGAGUUUUCUGUUUUUUGCUGUGUAGAUGCAACAACCACUAACAAAUCAUUUCAUGCUGGUGUUUUUGUCCUGCAACUUGAGCAAUUGCACACACACCCCCGUCACCCCUUCACUCUUGCUGUAAAUAUUUGACUGUUCUUUUUUUUUUUUUGGCGCAUUUGUUGUACAAAUUUUACUGAAAUACCAUGAGUUGAAUAAAAAUUUAAUUAUUCAUGAGAGAAGCUGUAUGUUGAAUGUGACGCUCAGUGAGUGUUAGAUUGAGUACAGUGGCCGAUAUAGGCAUAUGCGCAGAAACAUCCAAACGCUCCGAAAAGAGAUGUUCCAAACCGUAAACCCCAUAAAAGAAAUGCGUCUGGCAAAUUCAAAUAACAAAAGCAGCAAUCGCAUCGCUACAAGAUCAAAACCAAAAGACCAAUACUGCAAAUGUCAAAAAACAAUAUACGGCACAUGAGAAAUGAAAACGGAAGUUAGCCAGGGCACCCAGAACUAUGUAAGCAUUUCACUAAAUCUGCCUUUUCAUUCUGCCUCAAAAGUCGGACAACUUUUUUCUGG